AUGUCAGUUAAUCCCUUCUAUGAUCCCUACAAUGAUGUUUCAUACUUGGAAUUGAACAAACGAAAGCGUGGUCAAUAUCAGCGGCAUGAGUCAGAGAGAAUAGAAAAUCGAACUCCAAAGCCUGUGGUGAAGAAGUUUUUCAUCAAAAAAAAUGGAGAAAGCUUUAGGAAGAAACCUAAGCUCUUUGUGUGGAGAGAAUGGAAAAGCCCUGGAAUGCAAAACCUUUUGUCUGAGCUUACAACUUUCUUGGGAACGAUGGAAAUUACAAGCAUAUUUGAUAGUAAUGGUUAUCGAAUCUCAAGAACGGAGGACUUGAAAGAGUUAGCCACUUAUUAUGUUACUGGAGAUGAAUCACUACUGAUACCAGAUUCUGACUAUGAAGAUGAAAGCCCUAAUCAUAUCAAAUCAACGAGUACCGAUAAGAACCGCCACACAUCUUUGUCAGCACCGGAAUUUUACGCUCAAUCUAGAAGUACUUUAUAUGAACCAGUAUCCUAUCCACCAACCCCUCCACCUCAACCUUCCUACCCCUUGUUUAGUUCUCAGGAAAAUUUGUAUGCAUAUACUCCAACGUGGAAUAAUCAGGUUUCUUUUCGGAAUUUCGACAGCAAUUCGAAAAAGAAAAGAAUCAGUAACAACAGUUUUGCAAAAGACCUAAAAGAGUUUGAAAGUGUGUAUCAGCUAGCUAUGAGGAAAACUUCCCAAAAAACCCAACAACAGACUAAGAGAAAACAGAGAAAAGAUGUAGCCGUGCAUCGUUCCCGUAGCGCUCAUGAAGAGCCCGUGGAGGCGUUUUCCGAUUUCGAUCAUCAUCAUUGGCAGGAGAAAGAUCGGCAGAACUUACAUAAGCAUAAAGAGAAGUUGGCUAAUCGAAUAAGAUCGAACAGUGCUGUUAUUUACAACCGGAGAGACCAAACACAUCCUGAAGCAUAUAUCAUAUAUGUUUUCAUGAAUGGUCAAGGCAUGGAAUGCCAGUAUAUUAAUUUUCAAAGAAAUCAACUAGCAAAGGGUAUGCAUUACGUACUUGAGCUCGUUGCUCGAAAAUAUCAAGUCAAUCCAUUGAAACUUUGCAAUAUGGAUGGAAAGAAGAUCAAUGAUGUGUCCGAGCUUAUGACGCGAGGAGCCUAUGUGCUUAUUCCGGCUGGUCAAACUUUCAGAGAUACUUGGUAUUUUCUGCCUGAUAAUGCUAUUGAUACGAGUACAAGCCUACAUAAAAUCGAAGAGCGAAGUGAACAGAGAGACCGUUUAAUUCAAAAACGAGAAAAAAAGAUACAAAACAAGACGAGAGGAAGUUCUAAGUCACAACAAUUGAACCCUAACGUUGGCAGGAUAGAUGCCCAUCGUGAUUUGUAUUUAAGAAGAUAUUAG